GUCACGGUGUGAGAGCAUGUGGAAUAAUAUCAAUAUUGAGAGAAGUGGUGCUGUUUUCCUCUGUGUAUAUACAGCACCCGGUCAGUAACCGCUAUGAAGGAGAGUGGAGAAACGGACUGAGACAUGGUCAAGGCACCUUCUACUAUGCCAGGUGUUCCCCUCUUCUCUGUCAUACACUAUGCUUACAAUACCGACAAACUAUUAGAAACGCUCUCUAAGGACUCGUGGAGUGAAGAAACCUCUAAUAAGUGCACCUUUCCCCCACAAGGGCUGUUUAUUUAACCCAGGAAAUAGGACACCUCACUAAUUCAUGUCCCUGAUUUGAGGGGCCCCCACUUUGUGUAUGACCCCAACAACCACCAUAUACAGUGGAACCUCUGAUGAGGGACCUUCUGAGAUAAGGACGACCUCUCUACAAGGGACAAAAUCAUUGGUCUCAUGGUGCCCCUUGUUCGGAGGUUCCACUCGGCGCAGUGUACAGGGGUGAAUGGGUCGAUGGACUCAAAGAAGGGCGUGGCACAUUCACCUUCAAAAAACGGAGAGUCUUUCGCAGGAGUAUUCCAUCGCGACAGAAUAUCAUCAUCUCGUGAGACAGAUGAAGAGGAGAGAGAGGUCUUUCCUAGACCAAAGACACCACUUGGCACUCUCAUAGGAGACGUGGCAGGAGGAGAGAAGGGAGCUGACAGUGGGAGGUUCAGUGUGUCCAUCUCUCCCCUCCUAUCUCCUCUCGCUGAUCACCACUACCAACUACAACAGGUCUACUCUGUGAUACUGCAGUACAUGAGUCAACUCAAGAGGAUCUAUCAUUACUACAGCAGUCUGGGGUCCCAGUCCCUCCAAUCCUCCCACUGUCUCACUAGACUACAGUUCUGGCAGCUAUUGAGAGACUGCAGAGUGCACCACAGAGGUCUCAGUAUCUGGGAGGCUGACACCAUUGCUGCGCAGCAGCCUCCCUGUCCAACUUCCUGUUUGCUAAUGAGGGAGUUCCUGCAAUCAUUAGUCCUACUCUCCCACCACCUCUACUCCAGCACAAUAUGUGGGGAUGUGUCGGCCUGUCUGUCUCACUUUCUGACAAACCUCAUCCUUCCCAAUGCCUGUUCUCUCACAGGCACAGUAUUCACAUCUAUCUCUUCGUCCCUCGUGUCUCCACAACAAGUAGACCAGUGCUGGGAUCUCUACCAGUCUAUGGCAACAUCUACAGUAAAUGAAGGGGCCAUGUUUGUGACGAUGAGAAGUCUUCUGUGGAGAUUCAAGGAGAGGGGUGUGGUCCCAUCCCUGAUACCAGCAGAGGUAGUGGUCCAGGCUCUGGUCCAAGACCAGCCACUAGCAGUUGACCAGACUGACUACAACCUUGACAUCAAGAUGACUGUACUGGAUGUUCUGGAGACAGUUUCAAGGUGUGGUCAGGUGAUAUCAUGUGAGCAGUCACAUGACCAAGUCUGCGAGUCUGACAAACUCUCUGCUGCCAUCAGUCAAGUUUUAUCAAAACUAAUUGAUAAUUCGGAAUAGAAAAACAUUAAUACACUGAAAAGGACACGGAGGGCGGAGGAUUAAAUAACCAUUUGGCUAUAUACUGCGAAUAAUAAACUGCUAAAUAUGUGUAAUGUUAGCGAAAGAUUUAAAAACCUGUGCAGGGCUAUAUACAUGUACUGAAAUUAAACUGCUAUAUAAUAGUAAUGUCAGCAAAGAUGAGUAUAAAAAACCUAUGUAAGAUUAUGUAUUAUAUAUACAGCACUAGGUAUGUGCUGACGGUGUGGCAAUGAGGACUGCGUACCGCUGAGCGCUGUCAGUGUACCAACCACUCACACCUAGCCCCACCUCUGCCAGGUCCUCCGUGAUCAUCUCUCUCGUGAACUUGGUCGACACUGCCAGCAAGAUGUACUCCCCUUUCCCAAACUUUAGGUCCAGUUGUAGGUCCUCAAUGACAAGCUCAGUGUCCCUUCCAGCGACCAGUCUCAUUUCCAGCGCUGAUAUCGAGGGGUUCCAUAUUAUGUCUAUAUCGAAAAGUGUUCUCCUCCGUCCGGUAGACGGGCGCCUAGUUUGUUGUUCAUGAUGGCUACUGAGCGCAUCAGGAACUGUCUCUGAACGCCCUCUGGGUCAGCGUACGCGGCGAGGAUUUCUCCGACGUCUUUGCGCAAGUCGAAGCCGAGCAUCAGAGCGUCUCCCGGGACGAGAACAGAGGACAUUUUUCGGAGGAACUCGAUGCGCUGUGGCCGCGUCCGGAAGUUUCCGACCGUGUUUCCGAGGAAGACGAGGAGGCGACGCCCUUUCCUGGACAGUUUCGGGAGAUCCGUGUCAAAGUCGCCGAGGUACCCGUCAACCUGCAACCACGGGUACUCCGCCGUCAGUUCUUCGGCCGACGUGCGAAGGGCUCUCUCGGAGAUAUCUAGAGAGACGUAGCGACAGCAUCCGGUCUCGUGCAUUGCCUCUAGCAAUAGUCGCGUCUUUGUCGAGGCGCCGGAUCCCAACUCGACCACUUCUUGCGGUCUCACGGCCUCCAUGACGUCUCUGGCGCGGUGACGGAGAAUGUCCGUCUCUGCCGAGAAGAGGUAGUAGUGUGGCUGUCGUGAGAACCGCUCGAACAGCGCCGUUCCCUCCUCGUCGUACAGGUACUUGGUCGAAAACCAUCUAGGAUCAUCCCGGAGACCCUCGCCGACGUCCCGCGCCAGAUUAGCGCGAAAGUCGGGCAGCUCCGAGAGCCGGCGUACCGAUAUCCGCUGCGAUAGGUCCAUUAACGGUCCCCGGCUGACUUAGUUAGAAGGCUAAGUUUUGUUUACGUACACACACUCAACCCUUGCU